AUGCCCUUGGCCAUCGCACUCGCACCCCAGCUUUCAGGGUCAUUUGGCUCAAUCCCGCUACUUCAACUCUACGCGCAGCUUCCGCACACGUGUAUCAGUGGCUUCACUACACUGUUUCCUGGCGCCUUGCUCAACACAUCACAUGUCCCAAGACGACUAGCUGCCAAUACCGCCAUACUGCAGCUGCCGGUAGUUGCCCAGCGGUGGCCUUGCGCAGUCCCUGGCUGCAUCGAGCACCAGCUGCAGCUUUCCGAUCACUACCGCUGCAAGAGGCUCGGUCUAAAUCUGCCCAAAAUUUUGAUUGCCGAUAUACCGCUUCGAUCCGCGAGCCGAACCAAUCCCAAAUCGCCGACACAUGAUGAUCCAUACACGCCACCUGUUGUUGGGGGCGCGCUUGCCCCCUCGGCUUCCAGCCCGACGACCCCGGGCGGAGCGGCAGUGGACAAUGUAAACGGCCAAGAACACGAGACGGCACUAUCAAGCCAUCCCUCGAGUUUAUCUGCUGGCUUGUCCCAUCCAAACGCCACAGAGUCAUAUACCGCUGAUUCUUCCGGAACGCCUCGCGGCCAAGCCUCUCCAGCGACUCCUGGCACGCCCGGUGCCCGCGUCCAAUUUGCACGAUUUGACCCUCCAGAUUUCCAACCAUCCCACUCCCGACACAACUCUACCGAGAACCCUGAAGGUGCCAAGUCUAGAGGUGGCUCCAUCAUGUCAAAGCUCAAGUCCCUUACGCCCAACUCUCUCCAGUCCUCCAAAUCGCCCCCCCUCGACAUGGAGAAUACGCAAGCUGCUGCAGCUUCUCCCACGACUGGGCGUUUUGCUGGCCGAUUUCCCGACACACUACACGAGGAGCAGGAAGAAACCGAUGCGGACCUGGAAGGCGAAGCUGAUGCCGAUGUGGAAGAGGAAGCAGACGAGGCACAGCCUGCCGGACCUGUCAAGAAAAAGAAGCGCAGAAUGCGCCGUUUCGUCAAAGGUGAUGGGUCCGGCCCCGUGUCGCCUUUCCGCUUUCCCAACGAAGGCGAUGCGUUUGCCCACAGAUUUCUUAAACGUCGCGCGAGCAUGCCAGACACCUCAAUGCACAACCAAGUUCUUUCCGAAGGCGAGACUCCACAACAGCCCAAGCGACGUCCAUUUACGAGACGCGGUCAUUCAUGGAUGAACCCGGGCAUGGCGCAUCACGAAACUGACAUCGAAGCGCUUGAGAGCUCAAUUGCUGUUGGUCGUCGUCAGGGCCACACUCGCCGCAUCACUGUUUUUGGGGGCGGUGGCGUUUCUGACGGCGAUGCCAUGAUUCAGCGCAGGCCAUUCUUCAACUCGGAACGCGCCUCCAACUUUGGUGCCCAAAAGUGGAAACAAGUCAAAAGUACUCUGAAACUUUUACGUCAAAAGAAGGAGGAUCGCUUCGACUACUACAAAUCCGCCGAGUUGAUGGCCGAGUUGAGAGCUGGUGCCCCAGCUGUGCUCAUGUUUGCCAGUAUGAUUCAGCGAGACGAACAUGGGAAUAAGAGGAUCCCAGUUCUGUUGGAGCAGCUGAAGCUGAGAAUCACACACAGCGCCCCAGUGCCGGACGACGACAAGGAGCGGCAUUGGAAUUUUACCAUUGAGCUGGAGUACGGCAGCGGACCCAGCAGAAUGGUCUGGACCGUCAUUCGCAAUGUCAGAGACUGCUAUAAUCUCAACCUCCGCUACAAGUUCGCCUUGAACAACGACAUGUACUUGCCGGGCCAGGGCCAUGUGGCCGGUCGCCCCAAGCAGCCCAAGUUCCCCUGGUCCGCUUUUCCUUACCUGCGAAGUGUCCGCAAGAAGCAGGGAGAUAUUAGCGAUGAUGAGGAGCAGGCAGCUAGUGGCGGGGAGCAGACAAUGCAGGAAGGAGGCGAGCCUGGAGCUGGUGACGAUGUCGAAGCUACCGGCAGUGAAGGUGGCGGCAAUCGACACCCACGUCGCAAAAGGUCUCGUGUCAACAUGCUCGGCAUGAGACGCCGCUCGACCGGGUUUACCGACAAUGGUGAAGGCCCCAGCGAUGAGAGCGCCGAAGUCAGGCGUCAGGCCUUUGUUGAGAGGCAGCGACGAACCUUGGAGCAAUAUCUCUCCGAGAUGAUUCGCUGGCUCAUGUUCAGGGCCGAUAGUAACCGUCUUUGUCGAUUUCUCGAACUCUCUGCGCUUGGUGUCCGUCUCGCCGCUGAAGGCAGCUAUCAUGGCAAGGAGUGCUUUCUCCACAUUCAAUCUGCCAAAGGGCUCGACUUUCGUCGUGUGCUGACACCUGCCAAGGUGAUUGCUCGCCACAGCCGCAAAUGGUUCCUCGUCCGCUCGAGUUACAUUGUUUGCGUCGAAUCUCCCGAGAAUAUGAACAUCUACGAUGUGUACCUUGUCGAUUCUAAAUUCACCAUCGCCUCGAAGAGAAAUGCCGUCAAGCAGAUUGCCACUCAGAAGAAGAGCGAGAUUGACCUAACAGCGGAACCGUCGUCUUCAAAGCAUCACACCCUGAAGCUGCGAACCUCCGAGCGCAAGGUACGCCUGUUUUCUCGCAACCACAUGGUCCUGAAGCAGUUUCAAGAAUCCAUUAGUGAAAUGCUGCGAGAAACUGUCUGGUCUAAGAAAAAGCGGUUCGACAGUUUCGCUCCUGUUCGACAUGGCGUGUUCGCACAGUGGCUAGUUGACGGCCGCGACUACAUGUGGAAUGUUUCUCGCGCCAUCAACAUGGCCAAGGAUGUCAUCUAUAUUCAUGACUGGUGGCUAAGCCCUGAACUGUACAUGAGACGGCCGGCGGCGAUCAGCCAAAAGUGGCGCCUCGACCGUCUCUUACAAAAGAAGGCCCGCGAAGGAGUGAAAAUCUUUGUCAUCAUCUACAGAAACGUCGAGGCAGCAAUCCCCAUUGAUUCCGAGUACACAAAGUUCUCGUUGCUGAAUCUGCACCCCAACAUUUUUGUUCAACGAUCGCCCAACCAGUUCAAGAAAAACCAGUUCUUCUUUGCCCAUCACGAGAAGAUUUGUAUUGUCGACCAUGAUGUUGCUUUCACGGGCGGUGUGGACCUGUGCUUUGGCAGAUGGGACUGUCCGCAGCAUCCCAUUGUCGACGACAAGCCGACUGGUUUUGAACAGUCUGAUGCACCAAAGGAUGCGGAGCACUGCCAGCUGUUCCCGGGCAAGGACUAUUCCAACCCACGUGUGCAGGAUUUCUUCCGUCUCUCGGAACCAUACGAGGAAAUGUACGACCGCUCCAAAGUCCCAAGGAUGCCAUGGCACGAUAUUGGCAUGCAGGUUGUCGGUCAGCCUGCUCGCGAUUUGACCCGCCAUUUCGUCCAGAGAUGGAACUAUCUGCGCCGCGGCCGCAAAUCAACCAGGCCCUUGCCAUUCUUGCUGCCGCCUCCCGACGCCAAAUUUGAAGAGCUCCAGGCGCUCGGCUUGACCGGCUCCUGCGAGGUUCAAAUGCUGAGAUCAGCCAGUACAUGGUCCCUGGGGUUGGAAGAGACGGAACACAGCAUCCAAACUGCAUACGUUAAGAUGAUUGAGGAUUCGGAACAUCUUGUCUACAUUGAGAACCAAUUCUUCAUCUCCAGCACCGAGGCAUACAACACCCGCAUCGUCAACAGAAUCGGUGACGCAAUCGUGCACAGAAUUGUUCGAGCACAUGAAAACGGGGAAAGUUGGCGUUGUAUCAUUCUCAUCCCGCUGAUGCCGGGCUUCCAAAACACUGUCGAUGAGCAAGAAGGUACCAGCGUACGACUUAUCAUCAUGUGCCAGUUCCAGAGUAUUUGCAGGGGCGAAAAUUCCAUUUUUGGUCGCCUACGUGCUGCCGGAAUCGACCCCCAGGAAUACAUCGACUUCUUUUCUCUCCGCCAGUGGGGAACCCUGAGCACAGAUGCUUUGGUUACCGAGCAGCUAUAUAUCCAUGCCAAGACAAUCAUCGUGGAUGACCGUGUAGCUCUGAUUGGUUCAGCCAAUAUCAACGAACGUUCCAUGGUUGGCCAUCGUGACUCAGAGGUUGCGGCAAUCGUUCGCGAUACUGACAUGAUAUGGUCUACCAUGGGUGGAAAGCCGUAUCAAGUUGGCAGAUUCGCGCACACAUUGCGCAUGCGAUUGAUGCGGGAGCACCUCGGUCUAGACACUGAUGCCAUCCUCGAAGAAGAACGACAAAAUGACGUUAAUGGCGAAAUAUUUGAGGAACAAAUGGACAACAUCUAUGACGAGAAGCCUUCAUCACUGAAUGACGCCCGUGAAGGCGAAUCCAGUAACUCAGCGCAUCCAGGGAUGCCUCAUCUGCGAAGCUUCAACAACGACCUUGACAUAAAAAUGGCCAGGGCUGUGGACCGUGACUCAUCAUCAUUUGAGAACGAGGACAACCCGAAAGGCAAGGGCAAACAGACAGAAAAGAAUAACGACUUCCAUGCUGAGCGCCAUACCAAGGAUGUUUCUGGCCAUGGUGCUGACCAGUGGAAGGCUGCUGAGAAAUCUGGCCUCGAUGGAGGAAGAGACUCUGUUAUUGUAGAUGGUCGCGAAUUCUUGGUCAGCAGUGCCGAUGCCAUGGGCAAAGGCACACUGGCAGACCCUCAGCACAGGGACCCGCAGGGACCUGAGAGCAGACCACAGGAACAUGUCGAAAACAAGAAGCUUCCACCUCUGCCGCCAUUUGACGAGCGUGCUGGUGAAUUGGACCAGCUUCGGCCAGCCCAGCUUCCUACACUGCCUGAAACUAGUGACGCCGACAUCCGUGGAGACGAGUUCGGUGCCGUCCGUCAUUUGGCUGGCGACAUUAAGAGGGCAACCAUCACGAAGGACUGCAUGACGGAUCCGAUUGUGCCCGAGUUCAUCGACGACAUUUGGAACAGGGUCGCCAGCAACAACACCAAGCUAUACCGCAAGGUUUUCAAAUGCAUGCCGGAUUCCGAGGUCAAGACAUGGGCCGAGUAUCGCGACUUUGUGGCCUACGGCAAGAAAUUCCAAGAGAGCAUGGAAGUCCGCCCCACCUCGGAGGAACAAGACGCUACGAGCGAGGCGGGUGGCAAUGCGAAACACACCGCAAGCAGCGGUGCUAUUGGCAUCUCUGUACCUGACCUGGAGGCGCUGGCGAAUAUCAACGGAGAGGACUCAGAGAAGCUUGCUGCCAACAUCAACGAUCAGCAGACCGAUCCCAACGUUACACGCGAGAAGCAAGGCGAUGUUGGUGACGAGAAGGCCGCAAUCGUGGCAGGCGAAGAGCAGGAGAUGGGUGCCGAGGCCGAGAAGCAAACGACAAACACUGAACCGCUUGAACGUAAGACGACAACAUUUGCCAACCUCGAGAAGCCGUCGACCAAGGAUACUACCGCAACAGCGGCCCAGGCACAAUUUGGCUCCGUAAAGAAGCGACGUCGCGCGGCUACUAAGGGUAGCCGUCGCUGGUCCAGCGCCGACGACAUGCCGUCUCGCGCCGAGGCCGAGGGCCUUUUGAAGAUGAUUCAGGGCAACCUUGUUGAAUUUCCCUAUGACUGGCUCAUUACCGAAGAACACAACGGCAACUGGGGCUACCAGGUGGAUGGCGUUGCACCGCUGGCGAUUUACAACUAA